AUGCCGCAGCUUGCAGGAGGCAUGGUCAUCGAUGCAAUCUUGAAACGCAAAUCGCGGAGUGUAACAGAAGAACAUGACCGUCAUCCAGAGGCCCGACUGCAAGCAAUCUGGACCGGAGCGAUACUCGUCCCUGCCGGAUUGCUCAUCUACGGCUUCUGCAUCGCCAAAGAUGGGGUGCAUUGGUUGGGUGCUGUCAUAGGUAUAGGCAUCGCCUGCUUCGGUUUGCAGGUCAUCACGACGAUCUGCUAUACAUACUCCAUCGACUGUUAUCAGGAACACGCUAGCGAGGUCUCGCAAUUGUUCAAUUUUAUUCGUCAAGAGAUUGGUAUGACGUUCGCCUUCUACGCCGUGAUUUUGGGGGAUCGCAUCGGGUUUCAGUACGAGAUGCUCAUGUUCGCGGGGCUUGGAAGCGGCGUCGCCUUGGCGCUCAUGCUCAAGGGAGCUCGCUGGAGGGCACGCUUGGAGUGA